AUGCCGCCGCCGCCACCUGCCGGAGCCCUGAAGUCCUCCCAUACCAUUAGCAACUUGCCUGUUCCAGCCACGUAUUACAGAGACUCCCGUCGAGCCUCACCGACCAACAUACCUUCACCCAAGGCCUUGACAGCAACUUCAUACACCACAGCAACAGCUCUACCACGCAGACAGGCUGAAAACAUACCACCUAGCAACUCGAAGGCAAGCUUGGGCUCCAAGCCCAAGCGCAGUCUGGACUUCUCCCCCACGAAGUUGCUGCCAAAGCUGACACCAAAGUCCAAGGCCAGACACGGUGGGGGAAUCCCCAAGUCACGAACAAUAAAUGUCUUUUCGAACUUGACAUCUUCCCUAUCGCGAACAUCUCUAGGCAAUUUCAACCGAAGCGAGUCUCGUCACACAUCCACCUCGUCAGGAGAAGUCAGCCGCUCCUCAAGAGCACCACCUUACCUCGACUCCAGCAACGCAGCCUCUAGCUCUUCGCAGGCACUAAUCAAUCCGAUGCAGAACUUCAACAACCCUCGACAGAUCCACAUUGCCCAGGAGUCGGCGUACUGGACGGGCCGCUUCAUGGCGCUUCAGGACCGCUUUCACUCCGAGCUUUUGCUGCCUCAGAACUUGACAACGCUUGUCAAUGCCCACGCAGAGAGAUCAUUACUCCCGGAUUCCCAGCCCACUUUCGCGGACUCCCUAGCGACCUCAUCCACUACGGCAUGUAUACAACAAGGACAGGGCCAGAAGCCUACGCGCAAGCAUCAACAUACCCAAUCCACGUCCACUGUUGGAUCCAUUCAUAACAGGGCCUCGGCUGAAGCAGCGGCUUUACUCUCCGAUGAGGACAACCGCAGUCGCCGUAUCUUCUUCCAUCUUGAGGCGCUGUGUACGUCGAACGAGGCUCGUCGGAGCCUGCACAGUUGGCAGCAGACGUAUGCUCGUCGUAUGGGCAAGGAAAGCCUACUACCGCGGGGCGGAUGCAUGGAAGACAAGGAACGGGAGAAGGAGAAGGGAUGGAUGGGCCGACUGCUCGGCAACACUGGCGCACACGGCAAGCGAGGGAGUUUUGUCUUCUAG